ACGAAAUUCCAAACAAAGCUACUCUUACAAGAGCUUGUUGCAAAUGGCAUUUUUGACAACUCAAGAAUAUACAAAUAAUUUAAAUGUGUAUUUUAUAUAAAUCUUUGAGUAACUGUGGGCAGGCUAUUUAUUUUGAUGAAAUUCUUAAUGUUUAUAGUAUUAUCUUAUGUACUUAUACGUACUGAUCUACGAAUAGGUUAUGUUUCCAACUUUCAUUAGUAUCCUAGAUAUACAAUCAUGGUGGGAGGUACCAAGCAUCGCUCACUUUUGUUCGCUAUUUCGUACUGCUUUUAAUCUUUUAGAUUUUGAUAUUGAGGAUUUAGAAGAAGCUCUUCUUACAGACGGAACAGAGGAAUCUUCUUGGCUUCAAGAUUUGAUAGUAAGGCUGCUAAGUGGUUGUCUACCCAACAAUGAAAUCUCUACAUUUAAUUAUCAGAUGUUUUUAAGACGACUGUUUCGACAAAAAUGCCAGGAACACGAUCGUUAUAACCCAUUCAACACAGAUAUUGACUUUCAGUUAUUACCUCUUAGAACUAAAGUUGAUAUCCUACAUGCCCUGUGUGAUUUUCGUUUAGAUGCCGACGAUGUGUUAGAUCAAUUGAAAAAUUUGGAAGCCGACAGUCUUAGAGUUGAACCUUUAGGUUUUGACAGUAAUGAUUCUGCAUAUUGGUAUUUCUAUGGAACUAGAUUGUAUAGAGAGGACUAUACAACUAAAAAUAAUAAGAAAAAAGCCGUUUGGCAGGUUAUUUGUUUUACAGAAGAAGACUGGUUUCAACUGACAAAAAAAUUGAAGAAGUCUGCUAAUAAAGCGGAAAGGCAACUGCAUCAUACGUUAAAUGAAAAUUUUCUGCCCGAGUUACCAAGGUUAUUCAAAGAGAAAGAGAACCUUGCGAGGAAGAGGUUAUUAGAAAAUUUACCAAGAAGAUCUUCCAGCAGGCUAAAGAAAUUGGAGAUUGAAACUGAAAAAGGAGUUCUGGAAAAAGAAACUCAACGAGAAGAUCAAUUUAAGGUUGAACAAAAGCUGCAAGAGGAAGAGGAAAAAAAGAAAAAGAAAGAAUUGGAGAAUAGGAGACAAGAAGCUUAUGAAAGGAGGAAUAAGUUGAAAGAAGAAAGGUGUGAGAAUGAAAAUUUAAGAGAGUCCGGUGACGAAAUGGCUGGCACUAGGAGUAAGAAGUCUAAAAAUAGAGAAAAAAAUAUAGUGAAAGAAGAAGAAACAUCUGUUAAAGAUGUAAAAUCUAACAAGAAACGUGACAAACAGAAUGAGGAAGAAACAAAAAUUCAUCCAUCAAAACCGACAACCGUGGGCCGACAAACUAACAACUCCCUUUCAGCAGCUACAGGACAAAUUCUCAUCCAACCUGUGAGAAAUACAAGCAAGAAAAAAUUGAAAACGUCUCAAAUAUAUCGUCAAACAGAUGAAGAUUUACAAACAGGAAUGCACAAAAUUUUGGAUUUUGUAAAAAAUCAUGAAGAUGCGUGGCCUUUCACUGACCCCGUAGAAGAAGAAUAUGCUCCCAACUAUUAUUCAAUUAUAAGAAAACCAAUGGAUCUACAAAGGAUGGAAGAAAGAUUGGAAUCAGGAUAUUACAAGUCAUUCGAUAAAUUCCGUGGAGAUUUUCAAUUAAUAGUGGAUAAUUGCAAACUGUAUAAUGGAGCUGAAAACGAAUAUACUGAAAUGGUUGAUAAUCUUCUUCACGUCUUUGAAAAGGCUACUGAAAAAUACUUGGAUCAAAUAUCUUCAUCAGAUGAUGAAAUCGCCAUUGAAUUUUCCAAUGAAGACAAAAAGAUCAAAAAUAAAAAAAUGGAAGUAGAACAAACUUCGGCGUCUCGAAGGAAACCCAUGUUGGUUGCACAAACUGACAGAAAAAGAGUGAGAUCAGAUUCUGAGGAUUCUUUAACAAGUUUAAGAAGCCGUUCUUAUGAUUCACCUUAUCGAGAAGUUAAUACGAGAUUAGCGAAACACAGAAAAAUAGAACCCGUUGAAGAAAUACCUGAAAAGCCCAACAAAACUUCCAAGAUCAAGAAAGAUAAAGAAGAUACAAAAUUGAAGAAAGAAAAAGAUGAUGGUAAAAUCAAGGAGGAAAAUGAAGAAUUGAAGAUAAAGAAUAAGGAUAAAGAAUAUCCGAAAAUAAAAAAAGAUAAGGAAGAUUCUAAAAAAAUAAAGGUGCACGAUAAAAAAAGUAAGACUGAUAUAACCAAGAAAGAAAAAUCAAUUUCUAAAAAAGCGAUGAAAAACAAAUUGAAAAAAUCCAGUAAAAAAGAUAAAAAGAAAAAGGUGAAAACAAAGGUGGUUAGUAGGAGUCCAAGUUUAAGCCCUCCAUGUAGUGAUAGCCCGCCUCCUUCUAGCCCGGACAGUAGGUUUGAAUAUUUACCAAAGACUGCAACAAAGAAAAUUUACCAAGACGCUCUUUCUGAUAUAGAAAACUCAAUGCAGGAAGGUAAGCGGUCUCAUUUUAACGAACUAUUCCAAGUUUCCGAAGGCUUAGAUUACCAUUUUGAUAAGAAAAUCAAAGAAGAUUCCAUUUCACUUUCUCCCAAACCGAAAGACAAACAUAACAAAUUGAGAGAAACCAUAGAAAAAUUGAAAGCGAAAAGCGAGAUCAAAUUAAAAAACGAAUUCGAAUUCGAACUGGAUCAUCCGAAAGAGAACAAAGAUAAAUUUAAAAAAAUCGAAAAGGAAGAUAAAUUAAAAAAUAAAAUCAAAGAGAAACCGCCGAAAUCAUUCAAAGAAUUCGAUUUUGAAUUCGAAGAAGGUAACAAUACUACGGACAGCAUACAUUCUGAUGGUUUAAAAAGAAAACGGUCCGUCUCAACAAGUAGUUCUAACGUUUUUAAUAAACCGCCUUCUUCUAACAUGGACGCUCUAAGUAUAGCCACCGAACAAACUCUAAAAGAUAUAAAUAAAUGGUUAGACGAUACGCCGAAAUUUGCCGAAUUCAGUUCGGCGAGCAAUUCCCCAACAUACACCGGCUUAGACGAAAUAGAUCCCAUAACGGCCAAAUUAGAUCAAAUCCCCGAUAAAAAAGAGAAGCCGACCCUAACAGUAAAGAAAGAAGUAAACAAGGACGUUAAAAAGAAACCGUUCCGAGAUCCUUCGAAAUUUUUCAAAAGAAGAGAAAUACAAAGAACCAUCGAUCGUUUGCAACCGGGUAAAAGUAAAGGUAACCUCAUUACCAACGUACAAAGUACCAAUAAAACCGACGAAAUAUUUCCUCUCGGUCCCCUUUCUAAAUUAAAAGACACCAAAAAUUCCUUGAUAGUCAAAACGAAUACAAACGCGCCUAAACUCAGCUUAGGAACAGUAUUAGACAGUUUCGGUAAACACAAAUUCGUCGACGAUCAAAAAAAAGAAGAAGAACCGACGGAGGAAGCGCAAAAAGAAGAAAACCCCAUCGAUAAAGACGUAAAAACAGAUACCGAAAAUAUAAUCGAUAAAAAAUCUGAAGAAGAUCCAGCGAUUAAACCUCACGAUAUACCUUCCAAUACAGACGACGGGGGAGGCGGUGGCGCAACCCCAAAUCUUAGCGCUUGGUUCAAAGCUUUCGGUGCGCCGAAAAUACAACCGGCGCCUAAAAAGAACGAAUCCAAAACCGAAGAAAAAGAAGAUAAAAUCGAUUCGAAGAAAAUAAUCGCGCCUCUAGCAUCCCCGAACACGGACGUUCACGUCCAACCAAUAACAAGACAAAGAAGAAUCAGCACCGGAAGUAGUAUAUCGGAACGAUCGAGUUUUAGUCAGGAUAUGGAUUCUCCUCGAGUCGGAAUGGAUGAAAGAGGAGCCUACCCGGCACCGUAUCCCUCACCGUUACACAGAUCCCCAUCGGGAGCUUCGCCAAUAAUGGCGUCUCCUCGUCCCGAUAUAUCCCCGAAAACCGCUUAUUCCACUAUAAACGGACAGAUCAGAGUUGGAUUUUAUCAGGAUACUGUAUCGAAUAAGAGCAGCCCGGAUAAAUCGUGUAGUCCUAAAGAAAAUUCUCAAUCACCUUAUCCUCAUUAUUCCGAGCACGUUUAUACGCCGAAUACCACUGAAAAUACGUAUUAUUCGUACGCAAAUUCCCCUUAUUAUACUCACGUACCAAAUUAUUCCAGUACAAACCCCACGCCACCCUACAACGCCGAAGGUAAUUAUUCUUAUUACGAUAAUAACAAAUCUCAAAAUUACACCGCCAAUUCGCCGGCCAGCAAUCAAUCUUCCCCACAUCCCCAUCAAUCGCCGAAUAUGAAUGCGGAUAGAUCACCGGGGGUACAUUCGCCGGUUUACUCCCCUCAUUCGCCGACUAUCUUACCCCAGCAUUCACCUAACGUACACCCCCAACAGUCCCCCGUGGUUCAUCCGCAACAUUCGCCCGGUAUUCACCAACAACAUUCGCCCGGCGCCCGUACUCAACGACCCCCCAGCGCGCUUUCGGCGAAUUCGCCCGACGUAGAAAAUUAUCCGAAUCAAGACGAACAAAAAACCGUGUUUCCGGUGAAGAAGAGGGCGUACAACGAAAACGAAAUACCCCAAAUAAGUAAUCAAAAAUUCGAAAUCGAUCCGAGGUUGACGCAACAAAUAGAAAUGAAGAAAAAUUUGGAAAAUCAUCAGACGAAAGAAAAAAUCGAAGUUACAACUAAAGGGUACGUGCACCAAAAUAUACCGGAUCCAAAAAGUUUGAAUAUACCGACCGCCGAAGAAUUUUUCAAUAACAAAAUCUCUUCGCAAACGUCGUCGUCGAGUUUCAAUUAUAAUUCCGAAACGAAUUAUCAAUUGAAUAUACCGAGUAGAGACGUGGGGCAACAGAAUAAAAUCGAUAUGUCGAAAUAUACUAAUAUGGGAUAUACAGGACCGGAUGUCAAUACUAGAUUACAACAGCUCAAUUUUCCUACUACUUCCAUACCGUCGACUUUGUCCCAUAAACGAACGUCUUCUCCUAUGACCACUUCCAGCGUCAACGCCAAUGAGGUAUCCAUGAGGUACGGGAACCCGAAUUUGGCUUUACAACAAAUUGGUUACAAAGCUGUAGAUGCCGCCAAUGUGCAACAGUCUCGUAACAACUAUGACACUUCCGAUCAGUCUAAUUCCAGGGCCGAAACAAUCAACGAUAGACUGUCCCAAAUGCAAGCUGUAUCCAGUGCCAGCAUGUCUCGCUCCAACUAUAACACAUCUUCUGUAGACGUCGCUAGAACUAUGGCUAAUCUAUCCCAUAUUGUCGAUAGAUUCGGUAAUGACGAUAGAAUGAUGGUAGGUUUACAAAACACAUCGUCAUUCUAUAGCGACAAACCAUUAGGCACGUCCCAUAUCUUGAAUAAACCCAUAUCAAAUAACGCGUCCGCUUUACCGAUAUUCAGUCAAGCGAACAUGGCGGCUAUUCAGUCUUAUAACCAGAAUUUACAAGCAACGACGUCAUCUUUAUAUAAUAGACAGAUGACUGAUUUGCAGAAUUCGGGAGUUAUGCAGAGCGAAAUGAAGAAUAGCCAACAACAGAUGCAAAUACAAGAGAAAAAAUCGAAGAAAAGAAAAACCAGCAAAAAUGUGGCAACUAUUUCAUCUGAAUCGCAUCAACAAACUUCCACCAAUCAGGGCUUCCAAUCAUACGCCGGUUUGAAGGGGAACGCGUCUCUCGAACCCAGUGCAAUAUCUCUGAAAACGUCCAGUGUAGUGCCGGGCAGUGCUUUCAACUUCGGUCCUACCCCGACGGGUUUGGGUAUCGGUUCCGGUUUAUACGCCGACAAAGACGCCUAUCCGAAUUUCCUCGAAGAGUUCCGAUCGGCGCCGAAUUACUACAUGGCGGCCGCGGCGGCGGCUCAUCAUCGAUCGACGCCAGAAAACGCGGACAAACAAACUCGACCGGCGCAUCAGAAUUCGAAUCCACAAAGUUAUCCGUUUUUGGGAGCGCCGCAGGCUCGAUCUACUUAUCCUAUAGCGGGACCGUUCUUACCUAACGCGCAGGCUCAACUGAUGGAUACCAGUUCGCCUUUGUAUCAGCAUUACCUGCAGGCGGGUGUGUUGAAUCAAGGGUUGUUACCGCCUCCUGGGGCGUAUCCGCCCGGUUAUCAUCCUGCGUUGAGUAUGAGACAACCCUACGAUUCUAUGAAUAGACCGCCUUGGUUAUAGAUCCCGUUUUAGGUUAUUAGAUCUACCAAAGAUGCGUAUGUGUGUGUGUGUGUGUGUGUGUGAGUGUAUAUAGGAUACAAUAAUCUGUGUAUAUAUUUAGAUGACGGACUUUGGUAUUCGGAGUUGGAAUAUUUCAAGAAUCAAAGUAAUCCAUUUCGAAUUAUAUUUUGGUACAAACAUAUUCAUUUGUGCCAUUUUAUUUCAAAAUUAUUUAUCUAUAGAACAAAGGUUGUUCGAGAGAGAUAAUUUCUCAAUUUAUCUAAAAUUUGGGCCCCUUCAGGUUCCUGUAAAAAUAUUCGAGAUGCAUCCCUAUUACGGCCCUGUACUUUUUCAAUUUCUCUCCGUUUUCCGUAGUCUCCGAGUUUUUCUUCAAUAUAUCCAACUAGUCUAUCUCUUUGAACUGCUCAGAAUUUAAUAAGUUGCGUUUAGGGAGUGUUAUUGGUCUAUAAUUGUCGCACGGUUUAGGGUCUUUCUUUUUCAAAAUUAGAAUCAUCAGUCCCAUAUUGUAGUCUCUGGGUAUAUCGUUGUUUUCCCUUAUUUCCUUGAUAACUUCCUAGAUUUUUGGUAUUAAAUUUUCUCCUCCAUCCAACUAAUGCAAAUAGUCCUUUAAUGAGAAUUUUCAACCUUCCAGAAAUAACAAUUUUGGGUUAAAAGGAUUCUUCUUUUUUUUAAAAAAAAAGUUUCUAUUUCAAAAAUAAUUAUUUUCAAUCAGAAAAUGAGAAUUUAGAGCCUCCUCAAUAUGUAUAUGUGUCUUGUAGACUGCAACAUUAAGGAUUUGUUGUACCCCUUUGCUAGCUACAACACUGGGAGAUGUUUCUAGCCACAAAAGAUCUUCAUCUUCUAUUCCAUACCCUCCCAGAUUCAGAUACAAUGAAAAAGUGUUUAUCCGUCCCCCUACUACAAGUAUGUCUGCUAUUUUUUCAUUUCCUUCCAUUCCAGUAUGUCCCGGAAACCAUUUAUUAUCUAUCUUCACUUCUAAGGCUAUCUCUAUUGUCCUGUAUCCGAUUUAACAAAAGGUUUCAGAUAUGAUAAAGGGUUUAUCCGUCCUCCUACUACAAGUCUGUCUGCUAUUUCGUUUCCCUCCAUUCCAGUAUGUCCCGGAACCCAUUGGAGGUUAACUUUAUUUUUUAUUUAACUUGUUUGGAGCAUCUCUGAUGUUGCUUUUAUUGUUUUGUAUGGGGAGAAAGAGAAAGGAUACAAACUUUCUGCUUACUCAAAAAAAUGAUAUUUAUCCAUCUAUUUAAUUUGAAUCAUCCUGUAAAGAGAAUUUUUUCAUUUUUCAAAAUUAAUUUCACAAAAGUCAAGCUUCGUUUAACAUUUUUUGUGAGGUCUGAAUAACUUUCUGCUGUUGCUGUUUUUCAUAAAAUCGAUUUUGGAUUUUUUAAACUCUCAAACAGAUCAUGUCUUUUUAAUGGGUGUAAAAUUUUAUUAGGAACUCUCUUGGGCAUCCCUUUCAAUAGAUAAAUUAUUUUUAUUGAAUAUUUACUUUGAUUCUGAUUAUAAAAUAUUAUUUUUCACCGUAAUAAAUCAAGUAUUGAAUUUUAUCUAAUUAAUGAUUCUAAUUUGCAGGAUUACAGGAUUAAUUCAUGUUAAAAAUCGAUCCUUUAACAUUUUUUUUAAAUUGAUACCAUUCGUAACCAAAAUUAUUAAAAAAAACAUAAUGUUACACCCGGUAUUUUUGCUAUAUAUUUUUUCAUAAGAAUGUGACAUAUCAUUUAAAAGAAAAAAAAAUGUGAAAAUUAUAAAAAUUACAUAUAUAUAUAUAUAUAUAUAGUCUAUAUUUAUAUACCGCUCUCUAGGAAUUAAUUAUAUCGACCAAAUUAAUUCUUUUAUAGAAUCAAAAAAAAAUAUAUCAAAAACAAAAUGCAUAGAAUCGAAUGUAUGAAAACUUUUUUAGUACCUAAUCGUUUAAAAUUUUUGAAACUAUAAUUUAUCCUUUAAAAAAAAUUCUACAUGAUAUAAAACUAUCAGUAAUUAAAACGGUUCAUUUAUAUACGAGGUGUGUUAAAAAAUAUGCUUUCCCAUCUACUACUACUACACCUACAUCACUUCGCAUUUUAUUGCUAGCCCCACUGAAUUUUCUGUAUACCAGACUGUAAGAAGCUAAAAUUAUUUUCAGCUAUUACCUAUUUGGGGUUUUUUAACACGUUAACUGCCAAGGUUUACAAAUUAUUUCCUAGUCGAUUUAUAUAAAACAAAAUCUCUUCAGGGAAGUUAUUCGGCAUAGUUGGCAGUUAACGUGUUAAAGCGUUUCUUAUAUCUCCAAUUUAUAUCCAGUACAUGAAACAGUGUUGAUAAAUUGAUAAUACGAAUAUCAUCAAUGGUUCCAGAAAUUCCAACUAAUCCAAACUGUGAUAGUUUUUUUUUUAUUUCAUUGGAUGUUAAUCCUGUAUAACAAAAAUUAGAACAUUAAGUGUAUAUCGAGCUGCACCGAUUUUUAAAGUUCUGUGAUUUUUUUUUUUUUUUUAAUAUUUGUUGGUUAUAACUAAUUUCUUAAUUUAAGAAUCUCUUUAUCGUAUCAAAUUGUAAGUUUAAAGCUACUAAUAUUAUAUAUACACUGUUACAUUUAAAAUAAUGUGACAUAUUUGAAAUUAAUCUUUUUGGUUAAUUGAAUUAGUUGAGGGGGUAGCAAAAAAGUAUUCGUAUAAAUAUAAUUUUUUUAAAUCUAUCUACUCUUUGGUGUCUUUCUUAAUCAUGAUUGGGUUGAAAUUUUCCCACCUUCAAUAUCUUCUUUUCAGUAAAUAAUGAAAAAUCGAAACUUUUAAAGUCCCCCCUUUAUAUACUUUUCAUAUUCGUGGAUUUAGUAACCGAUAUGUAACUUUCAAAGUCCCCCCUUUAUAUACUUAUUCAUAUUCGUGGAUUUAGUAACCGAUAUGCAACUUUUAAAGUCCCCCCUUUAUUUUCUUUUUUAUUUUCGUGGAUUUAAUAAUCAAUAUGUAACUUUUUAAGUCCCCCCUUUUAUUUACUUGUUUAUAUUCGUGGAUUUAGUAACUGAUAUAUACAUUUAGUUAUUAUUGAACUACCCUGAAAUGUAAUCAACUUUAAAUAAAAUUAAUUUUAUUAUUACUGGAAAGGAAGAUAUGGAUGGGAAGUUUUGUUUUGAGUGACACCGUAUAUAUUUUAAUGCACCGAUCUCAAGCUAACUCCUCAAAUAUAACAUAUAUUGUUUUAAUAUAAAUGGAUAUUGUUUCUUUAUUGUAAUUUAUUUAUUGUUUUCAAAUUUUAUAUAAAUCUGAUAAAAAAAUGCAAUUUUUAUAUUUGACAUUAGCAUUUGUAUUUAUCAAAAUUAAUAUCAAGGACGUGACACAAUUUACUAGAUUCAGUUUUUUAUUACAAAUUAAUUGUUGGAUGUAAAAUAAUGGUUAAUUAUUAGGAAAUUGGGGGGUUGUAUUUUGAUAUCCAAGAAUCCGGAGUCUAUUAUUCUCACUUAUGAUGACAUGAAAUGGGGUCUCAAUGCUUUGGUAGGUAAAUAUUUAUCAAAAUUAAUAAAUAUCUGAUGGUUUUUUUCAAAUUUCAUUUCGAUGCUUAUUUAAAAAUUAAAUUCUUUUGUACCCUCUAAUUGAAAAAAUAAUUGUACAUUUCUAAAACUCAAAAUUUCGUUGUAAACAAUAAAAAUGCUAUUGGCAUUGUCUAGUAUUUAGUGUCAAGUUAUUUAUUGAAAAGAGAAACAUUCCUGCAACGUUAUUUCUAGCACUUUAUGUAACAACACUUUAUAUUUUUUUUUAUGUUACGAUUAAGGGUAUUAGAAGAAACAUUUUAUUGGUAAUUUUUAAGUUUUCGCUUCUAAGAUGACAAUAGUAAGGAAAAGUGUAUCAUUAAAUAUGAUGAAUAAAUAAAAAACGUCUUGUAAGCUUUAAAAAUCAAAUUUUAUUGUACAAAAUUUAUAUAAAUAUUGUAAGCUAGUGAAACAUUUAAAGAAUUUGUAUAUAAAAAUUGUAAAUUAAGACAUUAUGUAUUGUUGUACAAUGAGGUAAUAAAUAUUUAGCGAUUUCUACUUACUCCUUUCGUUUAUGAACAUAAUUUUUCCUAAUUUUCAUACCGUUGUUGCCAUAUUAACUAUAAAUCUUUGAAAAUCUCCGAGUCUUGUCCUUAUUAUAUCAAAAAAUCUCCAAGUUUUUCAUCUUUCUCUUUUCAAAAACUUUAUAUCAAUUGGUCUAUCCGGAAUCCUAUUCAUUCGAUAUACCAUCUUUAUAUCACUUUUGUCUUCUACAUCCAAAGUAAAAUUCUUCAGUAUCUAAAAUUUCAAAAUUAAUACCAAAAUAGUUGAUUAAACAACAAUCGAAAUCUGUAAUUUGCUCUCACUAGUAACUUCUAAUGAAAUAAAAGGAUAUUUGAAAAA